AUGUCAUCGAAACAGGGGAGGACUUCAACAGCGCCAAAGUUUUCAUCUUUUAAACCGAAAGUUGAGAAGACUGCACAAAAACAAACGGACAAAACAGAUGAUGAGCCAAAAGAACAUAGUGAGCGUUCCGUCUCUCAGAAAAGAGACCGACAUCAUUCAGUAGCAGAUGAAUCUCAUCUUAGUGACAGGACUCGUCCACGCAAAUCUUCAGAGCGGCCAACUCUGCAAGAGCAUGAUGGAAAUGGUAUUUUCGUUCAUGAUAAACGAGGUGAUCUCUUGAUAAGGAGAUACGGUGGCAAUGACCGUCGCGCUAUUCCCAACUACCGCCGUUUUGGCUCUGGCCGAGUCCUUGGGACUGAUGGCUAUAUGAGGAUUGAUAGGAAUGGAAACCGUGAUGAGUUCUUCCUCCUAGGCCACGGUGAAGGUCGUUCGUUGCUUAGCAGCGACAGGAAGAGCCUCCUAGCCAGAGGUGUUUACUACAAGUCACACCCUGUAAGAGUACGGCAGGAACAGCCACAAAAAGCUUCGGAAGAAGAGGAUUUCGUACCACUUAAGCCUUCGAGAAAGCGGAAAAGAGGUGGUUCUAAGUCCGAAAACUCAUCAGACGAAGAGGAGCAAUCUUAUCGAUCAAUUCAUGGGAAGAGCAAAAAUCACGAGCAUUCCGAUAGCGAUGUGGACUAUGCUAGUGAUGCAUUUACAGGCCCGGGAGAACGAGAUAUAGAUGAUCCGGUGACUUCAAAGUCGGUUGAAUUGUCCAGAAGAGUACGGGAUCAUCCAACAGAUAUCGAUGCUUGGUUCGAGCUAGUUGACCACCAGGAUAUUCUACUACGAACAAAUGGACAUGAUGGCAACCAUCCCACCGCGGCAGAAAUCAAGAGCUUUGCUGAUAUCAAGCUGUCCAUGCUUGAACAGGCAUAUUCUCAUGCAACUACCGACUCUCAGAGGGAGAAACUGCAACUCAAAAUCAUGAAAGAAGGCUCCAAGAUAUGGGAUAUUAAGGCAAAUUCGAAGCGGUGGGAAGAUGCGUUGGAAAAACACGGGACCAGUUUUGAGCUGUGGAAAGAGUAUAUGAAUUUUCAACAGACUAAGCUAUCAGCCUUUCAAUAUGAGAAAGUCAAGCAACUUUACGUUGAGAAGCGACGGUGUUUAGAGUCUGAGGUGUUUAAAGAACAAUCUCAUACAAAUCGCCUUUGGCUUUGCGAACGGAUAAUUUACAUAUUCCUAAGGACCACACGCUUUAUCUCAGAUGCAGGAUACAGGGAACUUGCCACAGCAGCCUGGCAAGCCGCGUUGGAAUUGACAUUUGCGCAUCCGUCUAAUAUACAAAACCAGACAGAGCCCAGUAUACCACCUAGCUUCCAGGACUUCUGGGAAAGUGAAGUGCCACGGAUCGGCGAAGAUUCAGCUCAAGGGUGGGCAGCCUUUGAACGCGAUAGCGGGAUGUUCGAGCCCCCCGAACCUAGAGGUCCAGACAAAUUCACUCCUCCAACUACUCGGGACGGGUAUAAGGCCUGGUCGAUUGUCGAGCAACACAGAGCUCUAGCUGCUACAAAUCCCGCCCGAACUAUGGAUGAUGGAACAGAAGAUGAUCCAUUUCGAGUUGUCAUGUUCGCGGAUAUUCAAGACUUACUUUUAUACCUUCCGACGGUAGCUAUUUCUGGCGUUCGCGGCCAAUUGCUCGACGCAUUCUUGAUAUUUUGCCAAUUGCCUCCAGCGCUCUCUCCUUACGACAUCAUUCAGGAUAUGCUUCAGGAUGAUUUCCUCGUUCGCAGCCCAGCAAAAAUUAUCACAGAAACAUCGUCAGAUUCGGCUAUGGAACCCGAAGAACAGAGUAAAAAGCCACCAGAGUUUUCACAUGAUUAUCCUCAAAUAAACAUGGCACCAGAAGUCCUCUUCCCGUUGCCUAAUUGGUUUAAAGCCAUGAAGAACAUACGCGACGACUUUACCGCUGGUCAAUAUCAAUGGAUUUCAACCACACUCAAGCAACUCACUUGUGUAUUCGGGGUCCGUGAAAUGGCCCCAUACUAUCUUGCUUUCGAGUCGGUCAACGAACCAGGAAACGAAAAGAAAACCGCAAAGGCACUUCUGAAACAAGACUCCACCAACGUCAAUUUAUAUAUGGGUUAUGCCAUACUUGAAUGGACUAAGGGAAACAAGGUCAUCGCUCGGAACACAAUAGGCGCCGCAAUGGGUUUGACGUCGAUUUCAACUCAUAGCAAGAUUUCUCUAGGCGUUACAGCAGCAUGGAUGGAAAUCGAAGAUUGUAACCUGGCAAAAGGUAGUCUUCAAUUAUGUGCCUUAUCAGACGACAAUCCUUCUGUAGCAAUGACCCCAGAGGGUCAACCUGCAUCUACGUUCCAAAUACUCAAGACCAGGCAAUUUCUGUCAUCAAAUCGAGAUUACCUAUUGUCCUCCGGUGACGCCGAGAACGCCAUCAUAUACGCCGAAGGACUCGCGUUGCUUGAAUAUUUAACACGGCGAAGCAACAAAGAACCAUCUAGCGGAAGUCAAGGCGAUAUAUGGUCCGCGAUAUCCACCAUUUCAACGUGUUCCGAUGAGCUAGUCACCCGCAGCCUCGGGGGCAGUUCAUCCCACGAACGAUUACUUCAAUCUGCCGCUCGCCUGCUUUAUUAUCACGCCAAUCAAGGACCUUUCCGCCCCGGCUUCCUCCGUGAGCAACUUACAAAGUUCAUCCACUUCUUCCCCCGCAACACCAUCUUCCUAACCCUCUUCGCAUGGCGCGAAACCCGACUCAGCAUCGACGACCGCGUGCGCUCCAUCCUCGAUAACGUCGUCCUAACACUACCACACGAUUGCAUAAGCAGCCGCAUCUUCGCAAUCCGCCACGAAUCCCGCGUCGGUAAUUCGCACUCAACACGCGCGGCGUUCGAGCGCGCGUUGGAGAGCGAGGUUUGCGGACAUCAUCCAGGGCUAUGGGUUGAGUAUAUCCGAUUUUGCUACAACAGCACCUUAGACCUCCAUACCAACCCCGAAUCCAAAACCAAAUCGAAAUCCAAAGACAAAGUGAAAGAAAAAGCCAGAGAAAAAGCAAAAACGAAAGCAAAAGAAAUAUUCUACCGCGCGCUCCAGCGAUGUCCUUGGUCUAAGGACAUAUUCAUGGAAGCUUUCGUAACUCUAGUCCGGGAUCUGGAUUCAGCGGAGCUUAGAUCUGUGUAUAGCACGCUUUGCGAGAAGGGGUUAAGAGUGCAUGUUGAGAUGGAGGAAUUUGUUGAGGGGUGGCGUAAAGAGGUUAAGGAGAGGGAAAGAGGUGGGGUUAGGGAUAGGGGUAGGGUUUGA